GCUAAGCGAGGAGCAGUUUUGUCCUAAAGAAAGAAAAUUCUUAAUUUGCAUUGCAAAAUUUCAGCAAGCGUCAAAAUUCAAUGACCAGGAAGCGCAGGGACUGUUGGAGUGGAUCAAGAAGUUGAGCGGAGAGAACAUCAGCACAGAUGGGUCGCCCGAAAACUUUGCAAAAUUAUUGGCGAAUGCAAUCGAACCUAAUGCAAUAAAGAAAGUGCAGAAGCCGAUUUCCAAUUUCGCUUGCAUGGAAAAUAUUAAUUCGUUCGUAAACUGGGCCAAGAAGAUUGGUGUCCCCACCGAGGAGACUUUCCAGUCUGUGGAUCUGUUCGAAGGUCGCGACCUGUUCUCCGUAUGCGUCACUCUUCUUUCCCUUGGACGAAAGAUGCAGAGAGAAGGUAAACCGUAUCCGGACAUCAUCAAGCAGGAUUUCAGUUACAAUAUACCGCAAUUAUGA